AUGUCUCAGAAGCGCAAGGUUCUAACUCUGGAAGAUCGGAUUCGCGUAAUUGAGAAAGUUGAACAGGGCAAAAGCUGUCGCUGUGUAGCAGUUGAGAUGGGCGUAGGAAAGACGCAAGUUCAAUCUACAGUAAGAGACAGAAAAAGCAUUAGACGGCAAUGGGAAACUUGCCGGAGUGGCCCUAAGCAGAAGUAUCAGAUUGGGCAUAGUGCAUUUUCUGAUACCAAUGGCUGGUUAGAGAAGUGGAUGACUAGACACAGCGUACGAUUGUCGUGCUUGUCUAGUGAAGCCGCUGAUGUGGAUGCCAGUGUAGUUGACGUCUGGUCCCGCCGAUUGCAAUCUGUAUGUGAGGGCUAUGAGCUGAGGAACAUAUUUAACGUCGAUGAAACGGGUCUGUUCUACAGAGCUAUGCCCUCCAGAUCCAUGGUUGUGACGGUCAGUGAAGCUAAAGGAAGUGAGUAG